AUGAGGGCUACCCUGAUGUGCCGCCACCCGAAACCCAGGGCACCGACACCAGGCAAUAUGGCAUGCAGGCCUAUGCUCAGGGUGGUUCGCGGCCCAACAGCCAGUCGCGACAGCCCUUGCAGCAACAGCCGCAGCAACAGGAAGGCUUCCACAGCGGCGUGGCGCAACAGUGGUCCAACAACGUGCAACGGAACAUCGUGGUGCACCAGCAACAGAACGACCCGAACUUCACGGGGCCGAAGAAGCCCCAAGGAUAUCGAGUCUCACAAUCUCCUGGGGGGGCCCAGCUCCAUUAACCUCUCCUGGAACGAGGCUCCCAACCGGGCUCCGUCGCCCGCACGGGUGGCCAAGCCGGAGGCGCCGGUCGGUGGCGCUCGUGGGGCCUCCCCUGCACGCAUGUUGGAGGUGGUUCAUCCAAGCCGCUUGCCUUCUGGCGUGGCCGCUGUCCCUCAGGAGGGUGCUGCCGGCCUGGCUGGUCCUCCAGCCCAGCGACACCCCUGCUAUGGGGAUCCGCAGGUGCAUGCGGGCGGUGCGGCUCCACGAGCGAUGCCCAGCUAUGAUCCACAGGCAGCCGGUCUAGCACACCCGCCUGCUGGGCGACACCCCUGCUAUGGUGACCCGCAGGUCAACCUCGCUCAGCCUAGCGGGCCCAGUACGCAGCAGGCACGUCCUCUCUAUGAUCCGCAGGCGCCUGCCGCAGGGGCCAAAGCGCCCGCGCCUGCACAACGACACCCCUGCUAUGGGGAUCCUCAGGCAGCAGCGCUGCCUCCAAGGCGGACGCCUUCGCCCUGCAAUGGUCGGGCGAAAGAGGUGCCGAUGGCGGCCGCUGGCUUUCAGGCGCAUCAGAUGCAUCGAGGAGGUGCUCCCUACGCGUAUGAUGGAGGUCCAGCAGCGGGGCUUCCACCUCCUUUGCCGCGGGAGGCACGCGCGCAGGACCAGCCCUUGGGCCGCGAGCAGCCGCGCGUCUCCUCCAACGCGUAUGCGUGCGGCGGCAACCAGAACUGCGGCAACGUCAUCACCGACCGGCGCUCGACGCGGGUGGCCCAACCGCCUGGUGGGAGCUCCUCGAUUUGCUUCGGUUAA